GGUGCCGAGCUCCGGCCGUGUCUGAGCCACGGGCUCUGCUCUCGUAUGUACCGCAGCGCUGCGCGGACAGCCUUGGGGGGCACCGGCCGCGACUGCAGGGACCCCGGGAGGAGGAUGCUGGGGGAGCGCCUGGGACGUCCUGCCUGGAUCUUCUUGCUCUGCUGGGGUCUGGCCGCUUGCUGCACAGAUGCCAUGGCCUUGCAGCUGCCCAGAAUCACCGUCCUGCGGAUACCAGCAGAGCUCCCUCGCCCAGGCGAGAACGUGACUGUGUCGUGCGAGGCAUGGAGUGAGCUUCCAGAGCUGACACUGCUCUACUGGCUGGAGAACGGCUCCUUCGUGGAGAGCCUGCACCCAGACGGGGCUGUGCGUGAGGGGACAGUGCAAGAGGAGCUGCAGGGCUCAGGGUGGGCUCUGCACCGUGAUCUGCACUUCAACUCUUUCGACAGCCAGCACCUGCACACCAACUUCACCUGCGUGCUGCUCAGUCCCCUCGGUGUCGAUACCAGGGAGGUGCGAUGGCCGUCCCCAGCACCAGCCCCUGUCACUGGGAAGAGUGGGGACCUGGGCUGAGAUGGGGGAGCAGCUCCCGUGCUGGGUGCUGGGUGAGCACCCUGCAGUGCAGCUCCCUGCUCAACCCCACAACACUGCAUUCACAUGUGACACCUCCAGGGAGGCCUGUCUGUAACCUGCUUUGGGGACUGCAUGGCCCCACAUGUGCUGGCACCACUGCGAGUGGGGCUCCUGGUGCCCCAAGCCGAGUCAGGAGUGCUGCCUGGGAACCAGCCCUGCCCAUAGCUGGGACCCCAGAGUUCAUUAAAGUACAGCAAGGCUGCCCAGUGUCACCUGCAUCCUGGGGAUGGUGCUGCCCAGGGGUGUAGAGGGCACCUGUGGGAUGAGGAGGGAGGGAGAGGAGGUAGUCCUGGUGCCCGUGAAGGGCAGGAUCCAUUCCUGACCCCCUUCCUGCCUGGCAGAGGGCUGGAGAGCCACAGUCAGUCCCAGUUCUGCCCAGCACAAUGGCUGUGCCCUGCCCUGGAGGAGUGGGGGGGUCGGGUGGAGAAGCCCUGGGGUGCUGGCAGUCCAGAAGUUGGGUCCAUCACAUGCCUCUCUGAACCUGGGGGGGUUGGAGCUGUUCCUCAGCAUGGCGUUGCUGAGUCCCAUCUGCUGCUCCAUGGGGCAGCCCCCAUUACUAUCUUGUGCUGGCAGGACCCCUGGUCUUGGAUGCCAGUCCCCUUCUUGUUCCCUCAGGUGCUUGUUGGGGUGUGUGACCUCCCUGGGCUGUAGGACAGGCUAGGGGAGCAGAUCCUGAACCCCUUGAGCAACCCCUGGGCUAUGGGCAUCACACUUCAGGAUACUCAGAAUGUGGGAGGGAUAGGGAUGGGGGGGUUGGAGAAGCCUCCAGAUGCAGCCCCCAUGAGCUGCCCUUGGCCCAGGGAGCUACAGAAGCCACCUGGGGACACCCCAGUUCCACAGUGACUCUUAGGAGCGAGGGGAAGUCAAACAGUGGAGCAGCCACCUGGCCAGAGACCUGCCUAAGGCAGCCCUGCUGCACCUCCUAGCCCAAUUAAUUCCAGCCUCCAUUCCUGGGGGAGCCUCUCACAGACUCCACACACAGCUGCAUCCUGACACCACAGCUGCCACUCAGCAAAGGCCUCUGCCAGGCUCAGCCAAUGUCCUGGGGGCAGUGGCACUACGGCCAGGCUGAGCUGGGGGCAGAUACCCGUCCUGCAAGACCCUAUGUGGGUAUCUCCGUGUCCCCUCUCCUGUCCUGCUGUCCCCAUGAUGCUGGUGGCUCCAUCCCCAGUCCCUUCUCCUUGCUGCAGUGUGAUGGCAGCAGCACACUCCUCUCUGCACAGCAUGGCAGGACUGGGUGCCAUCUCGGGCCACGCUGCAUCGUGCCGAGUUGCUCUGACCUGGGGUUUGCAGUGGGGUCUGUGGGCAGCAAAGUGUGAUAGCGUGGCACAAGGCCAUGUGUGACUGUGGCAUGCCCCCCACCCACGACCAAGAUCAAGACCUCCCUGUCCUGGCAGAGCUGAUGGGAUGAGACCAUUCCCUGGCACGAGUCUGUGUGGCCCAGAAGUGGGAGAGACUCUCCUGUGGGGACAUCACCUCUCACAAAAUCACAGUCGUAGGUGCUGAGCACAGUUGGAAAAAGCUGGAAGAGGGUGAUGUCAGCAACCUCAAACAUCUGGAAAAGCAGAAUGAGGACUUCCUUGUCCUCAUGGAACAAGUCCUUGGUAGGGAGACUUUAGUAGGUGUCCAUUAUGAGGAUGACAUCCCAGUUGAAGGCCAGAGUGCCCGUUCUCUAGAGUGAGGUGGAGCAGCCAACAUGGAUGGGCUGGUGGCACUGGGAUGCUCCCGUGGACACAGUAGCAGCUAAGAAGGUGGGGGCCAUGUCCAACACCAUCUCCUUGAUGAGGUGGAGGUCUUGCUGGUGUGGGGGGCUGCCAGUGGCCAGGGUCCUGGCCAGCAGAUGCUCCGUGGUGGGCAGAGCCACCUUGAGGGAAGCUUCCAGAUGCUGUGGUGCUGCGGACAGGGAAGCAACUGGCUGCUCUGCAAGUGGCUGGGGAGGAGUGGCAGUAGGAGCAAGGUCAGGUCAUAGAGGGCUGGGAAGGGCUGCUGAGAGACAGGGCAGGCUGGGGGAAGCACCCCAGCUGCAUCACAGGGCAGAAUCCCUCCUUAACACAUCCCAGAACUGAUCCAGACAUUGAUGCCAGCACCAGCUGAGACCUGCCCUCCUGUAUCACCCACCUGGAGCAAUCCCACUGGGAUCCCAGCCAGCAGCAUAUCCUGAGCCUCUGGGUGUAUGGGUGCAGGGCGCUCCUGGCCUGGGAUGUGAUGCUUGCCCCAGUCCCCAUCAUGCUGCUGACGACAGUGUAGGCUCAGGUCAGCAGCAACACCUCUCCCUGGGGACCCCGGUCUGCACAGCAGGGCACAGCACACUUGGAGGUUCAGAGACAAAGCAGGGGGACCAUGGGGCUAAUGCUCAUGACACUGGGAUGGCAGCCUGCAGCUAGGUUCCAAGCCAAAGUGAACCCCCAAGACUUUAUCACUCGUGUGGUUCAGCCACCUCUGACUCCUCCCAUGCUGGCAGCAGUGACUUGGCCAUGCUCACCCAUCAGGAGCAGGGUCCACCCCAGAGGAGGGGCACCAUCAGCCAGCAGGGAGAUGGACAAUAGCCAGAUAUGGGGGGAUAUCCAUGGGUGAUGAGAGUUGGAGGUGUUGGGGACAUUGAGGAGGAGGAUUUGCACAAAGGAUUUGCUGUAGUGUGGGAAGUGCAAGCAGCACUAUCCAUGGUUGAAGGCAGGAGUCCAGCUGGGGGAACCCUGGUGAGGAGAAGGAGACACUGUCCCCUUGGAGCACCUGGGAUGAGGAGUAAGCUCUGGUGUGAGGAGAGUCUGGCCAGGGCAGCCCUGGAGGCCGAGGAGGAAGGGAAAGUGAAACCACAAUCCUCUAUGCUCGCCUUACUGUAAAUUAGUUUGGUUCUUGUUAGGGGCUGCUUCUGCUUACUGUGACCUGUGGAUGUGUCCGUGUGGAAGUAGGACGCCUCAAAGCAUCACUGACCGUGGGCGUGUCCAUGCUGCAGCAGGAGCACCUCUGAAGAGAAUGUGACCCAAGAAUUAGCCCACACUGGAGAAGGUACAACUUGAAGUGUCUGUGGCUGUGCUGGAGGUCAUGCUGAAACACCUCAAAGUGUGUGGCCAUGCAUAAACCCCCAACAGAGCUGGUACACCUCUGGAGGCACUGUAGCCAUGCAGAAGGCCAAACUAGACCAGGUAUAUGCCCCAUCCCUGGAAAGGUUCAGUGUUGGAUGGGGCCUGGAGAGCAACCUGGUCCAGUGGAAGGUGUCCCUGCUCAUGGCAGGGGGUUCAAACAAGAUGAGCUUUAAGGUCCCUCCCAGCCCAAACCAUUCUAUGAUUCGGAUUCUAUGAACAUUUGUGGACUUUUUAUGGGCAUUUUAUGGGUAUUUCAUGGGAGUGGUCCAUUGACUAAGGGAAUGGUAUCUGUGCAUGAUAGCUAAGGGAGGGAAGGGACUGGUGGGUAUUGGAUACCACAGGACCUGAGCAGGAUGUACAUGGCAUAGAAUAAGGGAUGGACAAUGUAUUGUGUUGGGCAGAAAAGUUCUAUUUCUUCCCUGGGGCUGUGGUUUGGAUUUUUGCUGGAGGGAACAUUGAUAAACCAGGGAUGUUUCAGUCAAUGCUGAGCAUCAAGGCCUUUGGUGCUCCUCAUGCUGCCCUACCAGCAGGUAGGGUGGGGGUGUGAAAGGAGUUGGAAAGGGGCGCAUGGCCAGGACAUUGGACCCCAGCUGACCCCAGACAUUUUCCCAGCCACAGCUUGUCAUGGUGAGCAGUAAAACUGGGGGAGGCUGGUCUGGGGAGUGUAGAAACAGGAAAGUUGUAAAGACAAAUCCCUGGCUUUAAGCCAGGUAUCACCAACAGAAUUUUGGGGGUUUUGAUUAUGGGAUGGUUUAGAUGGCAACAAGCCUACUGGUGACAGACUGGGUAUAUGUGGGAAAGGAUCUUUGUGCAGGAGUUAGAGGGGUGUGUUGAGUGAGCCUUAAAUUGGAUUUGAAGGGGGAAGGGGAUAAGAACCAGGUCACUUGAGAUAAGCCUGGGAGCGGCUUGACACUGUUCUAAGGAUGGUGUGUUAGUGAGGUCAUUCAGGCUACCAUUUCAGUAGACAUAGGAAAUGGAGAUCCCUGAAGCAGCAAGAAUGCAAGUGUUUUAUUGAUGUGCUAGAAACCAUGGAAGCUCCUGAGAAUGGUCAGAACUAGAGCUUCUCUCCCCAAAAAGGCAUUGGGAUUGAUAACCCAACUAAAGUGCAUCUGCUCCAGUGCUUGCAGUGUGGGCAGUGAACAGGAGAUCCUGGAGGAGGAAAACAAUGGCAUAGUUGCCAUCACAAAGACAUGUUGGGAUGACUGGCACCACUGGAAUGGUGCAAUGGAUGGUGGUGAACUCUUCAGAAGGGACAGGCAAGGAAUGAGAGGUGGUGGGGUAGUCCUGUAUAUGAAUGAGGGAGUGUUUUGACUGUCUAGAGCUUGACAGUGGUGAUGCAACUGUCGAGUGUUGGUGGUCUGCCAACAGGGCAGAUAUCCAGGUGGGAGCUGGGUACAGAUCACCCAACCAAGGACCAAGAUGCAGACAAGAAGUCUCAUGAUGGCCAGCCCUUGUCUUCAUGGGGGCUUCAACACACUAGACAUCUGCUGAAAAUAUAAUCCCACAAUGGUGGGAGGCCAUCCUGGGCACAGUGACCUUGAAAGGAUAGAGUUUUGGAUUCUUGGAGCAGUAAGGAGGGGAGUCAGUGGAACUGCCACCUUGGACUCCCUGAGAGCAGACUUUGGCCUGUUCAAGGGCCUGGUUGACAGAGUCCCUUGGAGGCUGUCUUGAAGGGCAAAGGACCCCAGGAAGGCUGGAUGUGCUAUAAGAAGAAACAUUUGAGGCACAGGAGCAGGCUAUACUGAAAGAAGAGCCAGAGGGAGAAGAACUUUGUCUGGAACUCAGAGUAAAAAUGAGAGUUUAUGACAUUUGAAAGAAACGGCAGCAAGUCAGGAAAACAACAAGGAUGUCAUGAGGUUAUGCAGAGAGAAAAUGAGAAGAGUGGAAGCCUGGCUACUGCUGUAAAAGACAAUAAAAUAAAUGUUUCUAUAAAUGCAUUAACCACAAAACAGGGGUUAAGGAGAAUCUCAUUUUUUGGAUGGCUGUGGAAACCUAGAGACAACAAAUGAGGAAAAGUCCCAGGUACCUCGAAAGGUGAUGGAGCAGACCAUCCUGAGUGCCAUCAUGUGGCAUGUGCAGAACAAUCAGGGAUCAGGCCCAGCCAACAUGGGUUUGUGAAAGGCAAGUUCUGCUUGGCCAACCUGGCUUCUGAUGUGAUGAUGAUUCACAAGAUGACCUGUUCAGUGGGUGAGUGAAAGGCUGUGGAUGUGUCUACCUGGGCUUCAGUAAAGCCUUUGACACCAUUUCCCACAGCUUUCUGGAGAAACUGCCUGCUCAUGGCUUGCACAAGUUCACUGGUUGCUAGGGAGAAAAAAAAUGCCUGAAUGGCACCCUAACUCCUCCUGACUGUGGCCAAAUGUUCUUACUGUGGUACCAGUAUCGGCCAUUCCCAGAGGGACCUGGAAUAUGUAAAGGCAAGACAUUGUUUUUGAAAAAGCAGUAAAUAUAUUUUCAUUUGAAUCACAUCAAAUUUUAGUCUUUGCUCCUUACAUGUACUGUACUAGAGUGCCUUUGCUCCACAGCACAUUGAAUCAUGAUUUUUUUUUAGGGUACUCCUACUACAUUUCCUUGUGAAGCAGCUUAUGAGUUCUUGCAAAUAAUCUCACUACUUAUUCAGGACAGUUAUCAGAAAUUCUAGUGUUUAGUAGGUACUCUGCUGUGAAAAGAAGGAAUGUGAAACAUGAUACAAAGAUGGUGUUUUCCAUGCUGGAUCAGGGAGAAGCAUACAACGUGUUUGAACAGUUGAGAGCCAGUUGUGCCUCUGCUAAGCUAUGACAGAAAAUUUCACAGAAUCACAGAACAUCCUGAGUUGGAAGGCACCCACAAGGAUGAUUGAUUCCAGUUCUUGGCCCUGCACAGAACACGCUAACAAUCCUACCCUGUGCCUGAGAGCAUUGUCCAAAUGCUUGCUAAGCUGUGGCAGCCUUGAGGCCAUAACCAGUGCCCUGGGGAGCCUGUUCACUGCCUAACCAUCUUCUGGGGGAAGAACUUUUUCCUAAUAUCCAGCCUAAA